AAUUGCCAGUUUAAAUCAAGCAACCAUGGACGUUGGACGGUGAUGUCCAUUUUUGAUUUUAUUUUCGUGACAUAUCUUUAUUUUUUACAUGCUUUUAGUUAAUUUGAUUACUAUUUUUACUUUUAAAUAUAGUGAAACAUGAGUUAUUAGCUGUUUUCUUAUUGAUUUAUUGUUGAUGAUUUAGUUUUGUUUGAGUUCUGUUGAUUAUUUCAACAUAAUGAAGGUGGAUAGGAGCGCUUGGAGGCGUCGCGCUGCGCUAAAUUUUACAGGUUGCCUCGCGCUCCUGUUGAUUACAGCGUCAGGUAUACUCGCGACGGGUCCACUCGGCCCGUCCGAGAGACCAGAGGCCUACUUCAACGGCUCCUCCUACAUACGCCUCGCCACCCCCUUCUCACUGAAGCAGCUCGUCGGACUCAGCUUUCGGACUUGUGUCGGAGGCGAGUUGUUCUCUCAGAGGUACGAGGGCUACACGCUGCACGUGACAGCUCUGUACGAGCAGGUGGUUGUGUCGUGGGCUCGGCCGGGGCAGUCGCACCGAGAGGUGGGCCUCGUCAAGGAGACUCUCGACAACCGCUGGCACUGGGUCGCACUCCGAUACAGGCCCAACCCGCCCUCGCUACUCCUCGAAGUCGAUAAGGACACACAGGUGAUAUCGAACGUGACGUGGAAUCCCGAGCUGUUGACACCGGGCGCGCUGGAGUCGCGCGAGGCGGUGGUGCUGGUGGGCAACCUGUUCAGCGGCUGCGUGCACGAGGGCCCGCAGCUGGAGUUCCACGCGGCGCACGUACUACAGAGCACCGUGCGCUUCGGAAACUGCCCGCUCACCACAGACGACUGUAUAGAUAGAAAAGACGUUUUGAGAAUACCACCGAAAGAUCACUGCUACAACGAACCAUGUUUGAGGCACGGCACCUGCAUAUCCAGACACGAUAAAUACGAGUGCCACUGCACGGCGCGCUACACGGGCAACAACUGCGAGGUGGACGCGGGCGACCCGUGCGCGUCGGCGCCGUGCCGCAACAGCGCGCACUGCGUGGAGGACGCGCGCGGGGACUACGCCUGCCUGUGCCCGCCGCACUACCACGGCACCUACUGCGAGCUGGAGGAGUCGCUGGACCCGCAGUGCGUGGCGGGCCCGUGUCGCAACAACGGCAGCUGCAGCGUGCCGCCCGGAGCGGACGAAUACGUGUGUGACUGUCCCUCUGGUUACACGGGUCGUAACUGCGAGAUCGAUAUCGACGAGUGCUCGUCCGCGGGCGCGGCCGCGUGCCUCAACGGCGGCCGCUGCGUCGACGACGUCGACAACUACACCUGCGACUGCGCCGGCACCGGCUACGGCGGCGCGCGCUGCGAGCUCAACGUGAACGAGUGCGAGGAGGAGCGCGGCGUGUGCGGCCACGGCGCCUGCUACGACACGUACGGCGGCUUCGUGUGCGCCUGCCUGCCCGGCUACACCGGCGAGCGCUGCCACCAGAUGUCGGCGUGCGCGUCGGGCCCGUGCGGCGUGGGCGGCGCCUGCGUGGAGGAGAACGGCGGCGCCGGCUUCCGCUGCGUGUGCGCGCGCGGCCUGGCGCCGCCGCUGUGCGAGCCCGCGCCCGCGCCCGCCGCGCCCGCCGCGCCCGCCGCGCCCGCCGCCUGCGCCGAGCUGCAGUGCCCGCCGCGCUCGCACUGCCGCGCCGGAAUGCCCGCCAUGGUGGCCGGCGUGAUGGUGUCCAAGCAGGUCCUGUGCGUGUGCGACCUGGGCUACUACGGCGCGCCGGGCCCCGCCCCCAACUGCAGCGCGCUGGAGGCGGCGUGCGAGGCGGGCGUGUGCCUCAACGGCGCCACGUGCACGCGCGCCGCCGACCACUUCAACUGCAGCUGCGCGCCCGGAUACAAGGGCGUGUACUGCGAGCUGGGCCCCGCCGGCAAGGCGCUGUCGGAGCGCUGCGCCGCCGCGCCCUGCGCGCACGCAUUCGCCUGCCGCGACCUCGCCACCGGCUUCCGCUGCGAGUGCGAGGCGGGCUGGAGCGGCGCGCGCUGCGACGUGGCGGGCGCGGGCGGGGGCGGGGGCGCGGGCGCGGAGGGCGCGGCGGCCGACGGCGCGGCGUGCGGGCGCGGCUGCGUCAACGGCGGCACGUGCCGCGCCGACGGCUGCGAGUGCCGGCCCGGCCACGGCGGCGCCAACUGCGAGCUGGCGCUCGACUGCCGCGCCUCGCCCUGCCCGCCCAGGCAGGAGUGCGUGGAGCAGGGCGGCGCGUGGCGCUGCGCGGCGGGCGCGCCGGACUCUGCGUGCGCGUCGUCGCCGUGCCACAACGGCACGUGCCUCGCGCUCGACAACGGCCUGUUCCGCUGCCAGUGCCCGCCCGGACACAACGGACGAUUCUGCGAGCUGGAUGUUGAUGAAUGUACGCUGAUGCCGAAAAUAUGCAACAAUGGAGUUUGUGUCAAUCUCCCUGGCUCCUAUCAGUGCUAUUGCAAGCCGGGAUAUACGGGCGACAGUUGCGAGCAGGACAUCGAUGAAUGUUUGUCUUCACCGUGUAAGAACGGCGGUACAUGUCAAAAUUUAGAAAAUAAUUACGAGUGCACCUGCGUGGAGGGAUACGAAGGCAAGGAUUGCUCCAUUAACAUCAACGAGUGCGCGACCAACCCGUGCGCGUCCGGCUCCACGUGCGUGGACGGCAUCGCCAGCUACAAGUGCGUGUGCCAGGACGGACUCACCGGCCCGCACUGCGAGAUCGAUAUCGACGAUUGCGAGUCGAGUCCGUGCGAGCACGGCGGGCGCUGCGUGGACGGACUGAACGGCUACACGUGCGAGUGCAGCGGCACGGGCUACUCGGGCGACGACUGCGAGAUCAACAUCGACGAGUGCGCGCCGCGGCCCUGUCGCAACGGCGGCACCUGCCUCGACGACGUCAACGACUACCACUGCUCGUGCUACCCCGGCUUCACCGGCAAGAACUGCGAGACCGACGUGGACGAGUGCGAGAGCGCGCCGUGCAAGCACUCCGGCGUGUGCCUGCAGCGCAGCGACCGCAGCCUGUACCGCACGCGCGACGCGCCGCCGCCCGCGCUGCCCGCGCCGCUGCCCGACGUCUUCUACCAGCCCUUCUCGCUCGACACCGCCAGCGGCUACGAGUGCGUGUGCGUGGCGGGCACGACGGGCCCGCGCUGCGAGAUCAACAUCGACGAGUGCGCGUCCUCGCCCUGCAAGCACGGCAAGUGCGUGGACGCCGUGGGCGGGUACAGCUGCGACUGCGCCGCCGGCUACGAGGGCCAGCACUGCGAGCUGGAGAUCAACGAGUGUCUCCGGUACACGCCGUGCCAGCACGGGCGCUGCUACGACGGGCGCGCCUCGUACUACUGCUCGUGCGAGGCGGGCUGGGGCGGCCAGAACUGCUCCGUGGUGCUGACGGGCUGCCGCGACGCCCCGUGCCGCCACCACGGCACGUGCCUGCCCUGGCUCGUGCGCGAGACCGAGCAUCGGUUCAACUGCUCCUGCACUCCCGGACACUACGGCACUACCUGCGAGAAGAUAACCACGAUGUCUCUGGAGAAGAGCAGCUACGCGGAGGUGAACACGUCUCGCGAGGAGGGCUACGACAUCUCGUUCCGCUUCAAGACUACGCUGGGCAACGGCCUGCUCGCUAUGGGCCGGGGUCUCACGUACUUCUUCUUGGAGCUGUCCAACGGUCAUCUCAACCUGCACUCGUCGCUGCUCAACAAGUGGGAGGGCGUCUUCAUCGGUUCCAAUCUCAAUGAUAGUAACUGGCAGAAGGUUUUCGUAACGAUCAAUUCGUCACACCUCGUGCUGGCGGCUAACGAGGAGCAAACUAUCUACCCGAUCAGCCAGAACGAGGCGUUCAACGCGUCCGUCACGUCGUUCCCCUCCACACGUCUCGGCACGGCGGGCUCCUCCUACGCCACGCUCACGCACGGCCCCAACUUCUUCGUGGGCUGCUUCCAGGACGUCGUCGUCAACGGACAGUGGGUGCUGCCCGAGGACUCGAACUCGAGCCUGGCCGAGAGCCCGACGGAGCGGGCCCCGGGCGACGAGGCGGAGGGCGCGGACGAGGCGGACGGCUCGGGCGAGGCGGCGGGCGAGGCGGCGGGCGAGGCGGCGGACGAGGCGGACAGGGCGGCGGCGCGCGCCGUGCUGCACCGCGUGCUGGCCUCGUGCCCGCGCACGCCGCAGUGCGCGCCCAACCCCUGCCUGUCGGGCGGCGCCUGCGAGGACCACUGGACGGCCUUCCGCUGCACCUGCCCGCGCCCGCACCUGGGCGACACCUGCCAGUACAACUACACGGCGGCCACGUUCGGGCAGGAGGCGGCGCGGGCGCGCUCGGUGGUGACGGUGCAGGUGUCGGACGCCGCCCGCCGCGCCGUGCACGCCGCGCUCGACAUCUCCAUGUUCAUCCGCACGCGCAAGCCCUCCGGCCAGAUCUUCUACCUCGGCUCGCUGCCCAGGUACGGCCAGACGGAGGAGACGCUGGUGGGCGCGUCGCUGAAGGGGGGCGAGCUACUCGUCCACCUGCGAUUCAAUCAGACGCCCGAGGACUACACCGUCGGGGGAACCAGACUCGAUAAUGGACAUCUGCAUCUCAUCGAGGUUGUCCGAAAUUCGACUCUGGUACAAGUGAAAUUGAACGGUACGGAAUACUUUCGCAAGUCCAUUUCCGCGGCUAAGCAGCUCGACGCGCAGGUUUUAUACCUGGGCGGCCCGCCUCCCCCGCCACAACCGCCGUCACCCCCGCCGGUCGCGGAGGGUGCUUCGCCCUCGCCGACCGCCGCACCGGCUCCCGCUUUGCCGGAGCCAGACGACGCCGACUACUUCAAGGGAGUCAUACAAGACGUGCAGGUCUCGAACGGCGUGAACGUGACGGUGGUGGAGUUCUUCCCGCUGCAGGCGGCCGGGCUGCGCGUGCCGGAGCCCUUCGGCGAGGUGUCGCUGGACCCGGCCGGCGUGCUGCGCGGCGUGGUGUCGGACGACGCCUGCGCCUCCCGGCCCUGCCUGCACAACGCCUCCUGCGCGCUCACCUGGAACGACUACACGUGCACGUGUCCUCGCGGCUACAAGGGCAAGCAGUGCGCCGAGGUCGAGUUCUGCCAGCUGCAGGGGUGCCCGCUCAACUCGCACUGCCGCAACCUCGAUCGCGGAUACGAGUGCGUGUCGAACGCGACCUUCGACGGAGUCAACACGACGCUGAGCUACCGCCUGCGCGAGCCGCGCGCCGCGCUGGCCGCCGAGCCGCUGCGCCUGGAGCCGCCGAGCUCGCUCACCAUCACCUACAGGAGUAAGGUGGGCGGCACGCUGUUCCGCGCGGAGGGCGCCGACUCCGGCGGCGUGUUCAGCGUGGGGCUGUACAAGGGGCAGGUGGGCGUGCAGUGGCGGCUGGGCGGGCUGCCGGCGCAGCGCCGCAUGCGCUCGCGCCGCCCGCACCACGCCUGGGUCACGCUGCGCCUCGUGCUGGCCGACGGCCGCCUCACGGGAUCGUUCGUGGACGCCGACGGUCACGAGGAAGUGGGUCUGUCGGACACCAUCGACGUCGCCGCGUGGCAGCGGUUGGUCACCGAGGGCCUCAUUACGCUGGGAGGCGUGCGCGUCGGUUCCCCCCCGGCUACCGUGCGACCCACCGGCCCUUCCACCACCACCGUCAUGGAGAACUCCACGGAUCCCACCGUGUUUGAAUAUUCCGAAGGAGACGAGUUCAUAGACGACAACUUGGCCGGAGAAUAUUUCAAGGGCUGCUUGGGCGCCGUGCACGUGGGCGCGCUGUUGCUGCCCUUCUUCACGGAGGAGCAGCUGUUCGUGGGCUCGGCGGCCGCCCUGCUGGCCGCGCAGCCGCACUACGCGCUGCUUUCGGGCUCACCGUGGGGAGCGUCGAGCGGCGUGGGCUGCGUUUUGUGCGUCGAGGCGCAGUGCGUGCGCGGCGCGUGCGCGGACGUGCGCAACUCGUACGCGUGCGCGUGCCCGCCCGGGUACACCGGCGACUACUGCCAGAUCGACAUCGACGAGUGCGAAAACAAUCAGUGCCAGAACGGCGCCACCUGCAGAGACGACGUCGCCAAGUACACCUGCGAAUGCGCCGAGGGUUUCGACGGAGAAUUCUGCGAGCACGACAUCGACGAGUGCGAGUCGGGCCCGUGCGCCAACGGCGGCACGUGCGUGGACCUGGCGGGCGGCUACCGCUGCGAGUGCGGCGCCGAGUGGCGCGGGCCGCGCUGCCAGCAGCCGCGCACGCGCACCUGCGCGCACCGGCCCUGCGCGCCGCCGCCGCGCGCGCUGUGCCGCGACGUGCCCGACACGGUGAACGGCAACAACUACACGUGCGAGUGUGCGGAGGGGUUCCAGGGCGUCCACUGCGAGCUCGCCUUCUGCGAGGUGGAGCCCUGCCUGCACGGGCGCUGUGACGUCGACGCCGUCCCGCCGCAGUGCGCGUGCGAGGCGGGCUGGAGCGGGCGCGCGUGCGGCGCCGAGCGCGACGAGUGCGCGGGCGCGGCGGCCGCGUGCCUGCACGGCGGGCGCUGCGUGCCGCGCCGCCGCCCGCCCGUGUGCGACUGCCCGCCCGAGUGGCGCGGCGCGCGCUGCGAGGAGGACGUGGACGAGUGCGCCGAGCGCCGAGUGAGCUGCGGGCCCGGCCGCUGCCGCAACCUGCCCGGCGGGUACACGUGCGAGUGCGCGGAGGGCUACUGCGGCGACGAGUGCGCGCUGCUCGACCUCUGCUACGCGGCCGGCGCGGCCGAGGCGGGCGAGGCGGGCGGGGCGCGCGGGGAGGGCGCCGGCCGCGGGCCCUGCCUGCACGGCCGCUGCGAGCAGGCCUGCGCCGCGCAGGUGGACUACGUGUGCCACUGCGAGGACGGCUGGGCGGGCAAAAACUGCUCGCAGGCGGCCGUGGCGGGCGAGGCCAGCGCGAGCGGCGGGCAGGCCACGCGCGUGGCGCUGGGCGUGGGCGGCGCGCUGGCGGCGCUGCUGCUGGGCGGCGCGGCGCUGGCGGCGCUGGCGGCGCAGGCCCGGCGCAAGCGCGCCACGCGCGGCACGUACUCGCCCUCCGGACAGGAGUACUGCAACCCGCGCGCCGAGAUGAUCACGCACGCGCUCAAGCCGCCGCCGGAGGAGCGGCUCAUCUAGCGCGCAUCUCCACCGGGAGACGUCUGUGACCAAUGACAUUAGACGGAGUCGUAUCGUCGGCUCCGUGAUCGAUCCGAUCCCCACGAUGACUUGUAGUCACAAAGAAUUUUAUAUACGAGUGUAAUCCUCAAAAUAUAUUGAAAAUUUGUAAUUAAAAUGUAAGCUCUCACUGAAACCAUAAUCGAAACGUAUUGUAAUAAGCCUUGGGUACGACAAAUGUUUAGUUACGAUCGCGGUACUUUUAUCCGAAUUGUGAUCAGAAAAUAAAUCAUGAAAUAUAUUAUUCGCCCACGACUCGCCGCGGUCGUGUGCGUCGCGUGCGGUGGCGGCGCGAGGCCUCCGUCGAAGGUUAGCUGUGAGGCCUCCUUAUGCUUUAAUCGAAUGUCGUCGCCUUCUUACCUGGUUAAUAUUGUAAAUAGUCUUAUCGCGGCACCAGGUGGCGAGCCGUGCACGCGACCGAGGCGAACUCGUGCUUCUGUAUGUAUAUUAUUAUAUAUAAGUACUUAGACUAAGUGAAACGAAAAGCGUGCAAGAUUCUAAAUUACUUAUAGUGAAGGCGUCCUCGGCCGCCAACGAAUCCCCGCGCCCGUGCUGCGACCCCCCUCUCCAACCUCGUCCUCCUACGAUACCCCCCCCCCCCGUCGGGCGCGCCGGGCGGCGAGGCGUCCGUGCCUUAAACACAAGUCUGUAUAUCGAGGAUUUUAUUAUUGUAUAACUUGAACACUAGCGCUCGAACGAGCUCGAGUAGACCUAAGUACGCGUAGUGUAAGUGUACAGAGUAGUAGUCCAGGCCGAAGCGACAGCGGCGUGAGAAAAUGUACUUAAAUAUUUAAAUCUACCGAUACCAGUAUUAUCUGGACUAUUCAACGUGUCGCUCGACUCCCGACGUUCCCCGCGCGAGCGUGCCCUGCGGUCUGAGGUACUUAUUUAUAUUGUGAUAUUUUGUAACUGCGGUCUGCUCUUCGGGUCGGGACUGAGGAUCUAUUUUAUAAGAUUUUCUAGUGACGAAGAUUGUAUUUUAACAUGUAUAUAGUAAGGACACCCUUUGGUGGCGCUAGGCUAAGUAGUAUUUAUUUUUCAUAACUAUCCAAAUAAUACUAUUUUUAAUUUACUGUGUAGAUAAUAUUUUUACAUCUUUUGAUUAGCUUUUUUUGUAAUGUUAAUUAGAAAUGAACUUUGUUUUAUAUAUUUAUAAACUGAAUGCGGUUUUGAAUUAGCAGCUAUUAGAGUGCUCACUGCAAUGUUACCGUCCACAGUUUAGCAUAGUAUGAGAUGUUUUGUUGAUCGCACCGUUCUAUUGGCGUGUACUCAUUAUUACUUCACUUCGUCACGUGACUGCAAUAAAAAUAUUCUUUACAAUA